AUGGUCUGCAGUUCAUGUUCUGUAGUAAUCUGUUACUUGACGUAUAUUUUAGAUGUCAGUGACAAAGACUGCGGUGAAAGCCCUGAUUUUGAUCAUCUACGUUUGUCAGGGCAGAGCAAAAAGAAGAAAAAGAAAAGAAGACACAGGACAAUUUUCACAAGCUACCAACUGGAUGAACUGGAGAAGGCAUUCAAAGAUGCACACUAUCCCGACGUGCAGACCAGAGAGAUACUGGCUAUGAAGACAAGUCUGCCAGAAGAUAGAAUACAGGUUUGGUUCCAGAAUAGAAGAGCUAAAUGGAGAAAAACCGAAAAGACAUGGGGUCGAAGCUCUAUCAUGGCGGAGUACGGACUGUACGGAGCUAUGGUCAGACAUUCACUACCACUUCCAGAAACAAUAGUGAAAAGUGCCAAGGAAGGAGUUCUUGAAUCGUCGGCACCAUGGCUUCUCAGCAUGUAUCGCAAAUCAGUGGAGGGAAAUGGCCAAAAGCCAAGUGAUAAAAACAGCCAGUCCACAGAUCCUGCCUGUGUUUCAGGAGAUGAGCAAGGGCAUGAAGACAGUGGCAACAGGAACCCUGAAGAUUUGAGAUCUGAAAGUAUAGCUGCCUUGAGGGCCCGAGCACAAGAGUACACUGCCAAAAACUUUGCAGUGACUUCUAACCAUGGAGACGAGACUAUGGACAGUGAUUUGAUGGACUCUGAUGAUGAAAACAGCUGUGAUUCUACACCACGACAUCCAUCUGAUGUGGACGAUGAAAAUGGAAUGGAUGUUGGUUUAUCAUCGGUAAAGUUAACUCCAGCAACAUUGAAAGAUCAGAAUAGACAUACUUCGUCAAGUAAAGGAUUUGAAACAAGGAAAAUUCAAGCUAAUAAAGAAGGUAACCAAACCAAUGCAGAAAGUGCUAUCAAAACGCACAGUGCGAAGUCGACCAAAGAUCGUGAAAGAGACUCGAAGAAUCCAGUACCCAUACCAUAUUCCGCAUCAGCACGAUAUGAGCUAGACACAAAUGGACACGUUCUUGUAGAUAACUACAGACCCUCUAGCAACGGCAGAAAAAACAACUUACCUAUCAUUGUUCAGCCAGACCAGCAGCUCAUCUCCACUAUUAACGCUCAAGGAACCAAAUCCAUGCUGGCUGCUUUUGGCAAUGGAUACAACUUUCACCAAACAAAUCCUGAGAUGAACUCAAAUCCAUCGAGACAAAAUAUUAUGAACAACGGUUUACUGUCUCCACCUUUCAGCUAUCUCAAUGGGCAUUUUGAUUCAGGCGGCCCUAGUAGCUCACACACUUCUGUGAAGACUUUACACCUACCUCUUGGUUAUCCCAGUCCAAAUUGGGGAAAUCCGUUCUCGGAAAUGUUCCCAGGAAUCACACAGGAGAAUAUGAAGACUUUCUCCUUCAUGAACACUUAUGGGUUUGGUCCGUUGGAUAAGCCAUCAUUGAAUGUACGAUCUUACUUAAACCCUAUACACACUAGUCCACGAGUAAAUCCUUCGGAAAGCGAGCUUGGGGAGAAGAACGUGUCGAUUAUUGCUCCAAGUUCGGUGAUAGCAUUGUAG